AUGGUGCAAAGCACCUCAGCCGGACAUGAGAAGGACUGUGCCCUGCUUCUGAGUUGGAACAGAGAUAUUUACAACCACUUUUGGUACAGCUGUAAAGAAGCAGAAACGUUUGAAGCUUUCAACAAUCUCUGGACGGGAGUUCUGCAUCAUGUGACUGGCGUACAUGAGUGGUACUUUGGGGCCUGUCGACAUGGGCCUUUGGAGGAAGACAGAAAUAAAGAAUGGAUUCCAAAGGGCUCUGCAGCACACAGAAGACUCCAAACAAUCGUUUAUGAUGCACGCUGGUUGAAAAACAUACCAAAGUAUCUCUCUUUCAGAUCGACCGCCGACCUGGAGUCCUUCCACAAUAAUAUUCUAAUGUAUGCCUCAAAGCGCUUCUGCUUCAAACCACCAGUGUACUAUGCUCGGACCCUGUUGGCAGGGCUGGAUUAUAACUACCACCUAAGCCGAGGAGCUCGAACAAAUGCAGAUGGCUCACAUCAGUAUGGCAGAAUUUUUAACAAAAGAUCUAAGAUGUGGCGGCUGUACACCAUCAAGAAUCCAAAAACCUACAAGUACAUCCCAGAUCUACAGAGCGCCAUUCUCCGUUCAAGACUGUUGGCUCCUAGAGGGAUGACAGGAAAGCAGCCUCUUGCACUUGAUGAUCCACGAAGGCUGGGGCUUUUGUCUGGAGGGCCUGCACCCACAGUACAAGGAUUGAAGGAAAAGAAAGCCCGCCGAGGACUAGGUCAACCAUCUCACACAUGACCUGUCAGUAGAUUUGGUGCUUGAAGAGAAAGUGAUUUUGGAAGUUUAGAUGGAUAUAAAGGGUCACAUCUAUGCUUUUUUAAUUUCCCCUGUACGGAAUGUGCCAU